GUUAAAAUCUUGGAAGUUUAUCAAAGUGGCAAUGCUAAAGUAGAAAAAGAAGAUGGCGAAAUCGGAUAUAUUCCAACAUAUUUUUUAGAAAUGGAUUCUAUUCCAGGCGAAAAUUUCGCUGAACAAAUUCGAUAUCGGCGAGAAUGGUACCAAUAUUUGGAUGGUAAUACUGGUAAAAUAUAUGACGAUGACGACAAUACUUCUUCUCUUAUUAAUAGCCUUACUUUACAUCCUUCACUUGCUUCAUUCAUUUCCACUCAUCCGUUUCAUCCUUUGUUUUAUGAAAACCUUCGUCCAAAAUGUAUUGAACAACUAAAAGACAUUAAUGUACGGGAACAUGAAAAAUUUGAACUUCGCUGUUCGUUCGUUUCAAGCAAACCUUUUACGAUCACCUGGCGAGGACCUGCCAUUACACGGAAAAACGAUUGUUUUAUUGAAAAUGAUAACAGUGGCAAUUUUUCGUUAACCGUACGAGAAGCUUUAUCAGAAGACAGUGGACAAUAUUGGGUUGAAGCAGAAAAUGUUGAUGGCAAAGAUCAUACAGUAGCAUGGGUACAAGUACUGUCAAAGCCUGGUACACCUCAUUCUCUCGAUUACAAAAUAAUUGAAGAAAAUACAAUUCAACUGGACUGGUCAGAAUCAAGAAAAGAUGAAGACAAGUACCAGGUUGCUGUGGAAUCAUUAACUAAACCAUCUGCAGUGAUUGAUGGCUUAGUACCAUGCGUCACCUAUUUUUUUCGAGUUUUCGCAUUCAAUGAGUCAGUACAAAGUGAACCAUCAUUACCACGAGAAGUAAUAAUAACAAUGGAUGUCUAUCGCUCAAUGGCUAUUAAAAAAUUUUACAAAAAUUUUGAAGAACCGAUAUCAUAUUUGAACGGAGAUAUCGAUGGUUUUUAUCUGAUUAAAGAACUUGUUGGUCGAGGAAGAUAUGCAGAUGUGAAGCUUGUAACAUAUAAAACCACCGGUAGAAAAUUUGCUGCAAAAUAUUUUCGGCAAUAUUCAUGCGUUAAUGAUUUCGAGGCGCUUGAAGAGAUUGAACGCGAAAUUCGACUUGUUCGAAUAUUUCAUCAUGCAAAUAUCGUCGCAUAUAGAGCCGCUAUUCGAACUGAUAAUCGUAUCAUUCUCGUAAUGCAAUGGGCUGGCAUUGAGCUAAUCGACUAUAUUAUAAAUUUGGGUUAUCUAUCCGAAACGAUUCUUCGUAAUCUUUUUCGUGGUCUCUUCGAAGCGCUAAAAUAUUUGCACUUUUAUGAACUUGCUCACCUGGAUAUUAAGGUAAAACUUCAAUUACUGAAGAGAUGUAUGCCACGCAAGCCAUUUCUCGAACAGUUAUAA